GGGAGGCCCCGGGAAAAGGAGGAGCUCGGUGGUGAUGCAAUAGGAGAGCUGGGCCAAGAGCUGCCCUGUCCAAGCCCAGAGCGCUGGGACACUGCUCCUGGAGGGAAAUGUCCCAUGGGGAGAGUGGGAGAGACAGCGGGACUGGGAGUGAGAACAGGAUUGGGAAGGAUGUCUCUGGGGAGCCCGGGGGACUCGGGGGGGUGGUCAGCACCAUCUCCAGCAGCAGGAGCCCCCUGCAGCCCCCCGAGGACACCGAGGAGGAGCCCUUCACCACCUACUUCGACAGCAAGAUCCCAAUCCCCGAGGAUGAGACGCAUUCCUGCUUCAGCUUCCGCAAGCUGUGGGCGUUCACGGGCCCCGGGUUCCUGAUGAGCAUCGCUUACCUGGACCCCGGGAACAUCGAGUCCGACCUGCAGUCCGGGGCCGUCGCCGGCUUCAAGCUCCUGUGGGUGCUGCUGCUGGCCACGCUCAUCGGGCUGCUGCUGCAGCGCCUGGCGGCGCGGCUGGGGGUGGUCACGGGGCUGCACCUGGCUGAGGUCUGCAACCGCCAGUACCACAAGUUCCCUCGGAUCAUCCUGUGGCUGAUGGUGGAACUCGCCAUCAUCGGCUCGGACAUGCAGGAGGUCAUCGGCUCGGCCAUCGCCAUCAACCUGCUCUCUGUGGGCAAGAUCCCGCUCUGGGGGGGGGUGCUCAUCACCAUCGCUGACACCUUCGUCUUCCUCUUCCUCGACAAAUAUGGCCUGCGGAAGCUGGAGGCGUUUUUUGGGUUCCUGAUCACCAUCAUGGCACUGACCUUUGGAUAUGAGGUACCCCCUGCCUCCAGGAGACACGAGGGGCUGGAGCGUACGUGGCUGUGCCUCAUCGCUCUGGGCGCCUCCUUCCUGGCCUGCGGGAACACGGUAAGCGUCACCCGGACCCUGCACCUGGAGCCGCCACCCCCCCGGACCCCCAAAUAA